AUGCAGAACAUUAAAUGUCCAGUCGGAACCAAAGCGCUAUCAUCUUCCACAUUCUUUCUCUCUCCCCCGUAGUCCAAAUUGCCAGUGCUCUCGCGCACGCCUCGCACUCAGAUACUUCUACACUGCAGCGAGAUUCCCCAAACCGUGCGUCAUCAACGCUCAAAGCCUGACCUUGUACUGGUUUUUGCCCAGAUAGUCAAGCUGACCUUGCUUGGCAUAAUAAAGUCUACCUUAUUUCCGCCUUCAAGCUAAUCAUUUUUCUCUGGCAGAGAUAACCAUCUCAGGCGUCAAAUACUGCCUUCAUACGCGCUGUAUUCGAACCUACCCCCCCAAACGACUUUUCAGGUCUCUGCGCCGAGUACAACAUGCAAAACAGCCCAUUUCUGCGGUGCGCAGAUCCUGUAUACAACCCAACCAGGCGCGAUCACAGAUGCGACAAAAUCAAGCGCGCGCGCUACCGAUAACAAGAGUCAGUUUAUUUUCUCGAGGAGCAUGCCCGCUACCCCUCGGGAAGUCUUAUUAGGUUUCGGGUCCAAGGAAUCGUCAAAAGACAGUUCCUCUGAUUUGCAUUCGACUUUGCUGAGGGAGGUGCUUGGGAAUUCUGGCAGGGGAAGAGGGCCGACUUACCUGAGGGCAAGGAGGAAAUGCAAGACGUAUGCAGCAAACUCUUGGAAGCGCAACAAUAAAGUGGAUAUGCUAAUUCUGAGGAACACGAAGAACGUUCUCGAAGCCCGGACGUCUAUGCAUCAUACCGCGGCGACUCUGCAGAACGCCUUCACGCGCGCUGGAACAACUUCCGAUGUGUUCCUUCGCGAAAACAUUGAACGGCUCGCGCCAUUUACAAGGGUCUACAAGGGUCAUGUCGAGAAGGGAAUGAACGUUCUUGGUCCAUACCUCCCUCUCGUACAUCCAUAUGCAUACAGAACCAUUGAGCGAUCACUGGAUCACGCAUUUGAGCUGGGGACCUUGGAUUACCCACGCUGCCGGUCAUUCGAAGGCAAAUCCUUACUGGCCUUCUCCACCGAUAAUGGCAACGUCGGACUGUCUACUUCGAACGUUGGUUUUGUGCCCGAGUACGCAACCGGUGCUAUAUUUGACAUCCAAGAUCCAAUUUGCGAGGCUGGCAAACGAGGCGCGACCGCAUUAGCAUGGGUUCAAGACUCGACGUAG